AUGGCGACGGUGUGGCUGAAGCUGCGAGGCGGGAGUGGAGGUACAAGGACGCAGGCAGGCAGACAGGCACAGUCAGCUGGAAAGGACUGCAAAUCUUAUUUUCUUUUCCAUUUUCUCUCCAACGGCCUGGAGCUAGUGCUUGUGGCUCCCGGGCUGGUGCUCUGGGGAGCGCCGGGAGAGCCCCUUCUCCAGCCGCCCCCAGGCGGAGAGAGCCCAGCUGCGCUAGCGCUGCUGACAGCGUGGAGAGCGGCCACUGUCCGCCCGGGGAAGUCCGGAGAGCGGCUGCAGCGGCAAGAAGUUUCCCGGCCAGGAGGACAGGAGACAAGUGGCCGCCGGGUCCCGGAGCGAACUUUUGCAAAGCUUUCCUUUGCAAAGGAAGCUGCCGCGGAGGCGGUAGAGAAAAGGAGGCGGCGGAGAGAGGAGGACGUGCGCUCCGCUUCGCUCGAACCGGCUGUUGAACUUGGGCGAGCGCGAGCCGCGGCUGCCGGGCGCCCCCUCCCCCUCGCAGCGGAGGAGGGGACAGUCUUCGGAGUCGGGGCGGCGGAGACCCGCCGCCGGCCGGCCACCGCGGGGUCCGCGCUACCUGCUGCCGCCGGGAAGCGAGUUCGUCCGCGGGCUCCGAGGAACCGCUGGGCCCGAGAGAGCUCCGGGAGUGACCGCGACUUUUCAAAGCCGGGCGGCGUGCGCGAGCGGACAAGUAAGAGCGCGGGCGGUGUCUUAACCCUGCGAUCCCCCGGAGCGAACCGGUGA